AUGUGGAAGGCUGGGCUCUGGGGGCUGCUGUGGACAUUCCUUGUCUCAGAAGCCCGAGCUGCCGUCGAUCCAGCCGAAGAAAGGUAUGAGCUACUUGAGGGGCAGACCUUGACAGUGAGCUGUCCUUUCAACAUCAUGAAACAUGCCAGCAGCCAGAAGGCUUGGCAGAGGCUGCCGGAUGGAAAGGAGCCCUUGACACUGGUGGUUACAGAGAAGUCAUCUACAAACCCCAGUGAAGUCCGUGUGGGAAAGUACACACUGAAAGACGACCCUGCUGAGGCCAUGUUGCAUGUCCAAAUGAGGGACCUUCGGGUGACAGACUCUGGAUUGUAUCGCUGUGUCAUUUACUACCCUUCUAAGGAACCUGUUCUGCUCUUCCAUCCUGUCCGCCUGGUGGUGACCAAGGAUUCUUCAGGUCUACCCACCCUAAGUGUCACUGCUACUACAAGAUCAACUAAAGCUCCCAUUCUUAUUACCACAAAACACCCGCGAAGAGACAGGACUGUGACGCAACCCUUCCCCAAGUCCACAGCUGUUGUCUCUUCUCCUGACCCUGGAGUCACCUUCCCAAAUGUGAUAACUAUUACCAGGGUCUCCAUACUCAGCAUCGUUGUUCCCAUGGUCUGUGGACUCUUCAUUAAGACCCUGGUCUUCACUGUCUUGUUUGCUGUCACACGGAGGUCAUUUGGAUGACAGAUCAUGAAAUCACAUGACAGUGACCUCUGACUUUCAGCCAUAUCUGUCUCACAGGGGGCUAAGGAGGGACUGUGACAUGAAUGGAGCCUGUAAUCAUGGGUGUCAUCUAAGGCUCAGGAUGUCCUCUGCUGGCCCUGCCCACUCUCCUCAUUCCCUCCAUCAUCUUGGGCAUGUGUUCUGCACCCUCAGAAGAGGGGAAACAGUGCCCAGCACCCUCCA